UUUAUUUUUCAUGAGAGCAGCACAAUGGACUGGAUAAUUUGUGCAACGCUAUUCUUGUCAGCACUAAAUGCUGCACUUUGUUUCAAUAUUGAUCCUGUGGCCUGGAAGACUCUGAGGAGCUCUGCUGCUGGUUUUGGCUACCAGGUGGUGCAAAGACAGUCAGAUGUGCUCGUCAGUGCCCCGCUUGAACAGUAUUCAGAAAAUGGAAGAGGAAAAGUAUAUAACUGCUCCGCCACUACCCAGAACUGCCAAAAUAUACAAUUUGAAGCACCAGGUUUUGCAGUCAACAUGUCCCUUGGUUUGACAAUAAAAAGUGAUCCCACAACACAAAACGCAGUGGUGUGUGGUCCAACCAUUCCAAAGGACUGCAAAAGUAUCACCAUGUACAAUGGUGUGUGCUUUCAUAUGGACCGUUCUAACUCAUAUGGACAACCCAUACCCUCUUCUCUUCAAGAGUGCCCGCUGCAAUCAGACAUUGCCUUUCUGUUGGAUGGUUCAGGCAGCAUACAUGGUACUGAUUUUCGAACAAUGAAGAAGUUUCUGAAAGAUAUAAUCCAGUCAUUUUUCUCAAGUGAUGCACAGUUUUCUGUUUCCCAGUUCUCAGGGGCACCACAGGUUCAUUUUUAUUUGAAGAAAUUUUCCUCAUCUGUAUCAGUGGAGAAUGAUAUCAGUGAAAUACGUCAACAGGGUGGAUCUACUCACACAGCUAAGGCCAUCAGAUAUGUUGUGAAAAACGUGUUCACACAACAAAGUGGUUCUAGACCAAAUGUGAAGAAGGUCUUGAUAGUAAUUACAGAUGGAGAAUCUAAUGACAGGAAUGAUCUGAGAGGUGCAGCACAGCUAGCAGAGAAUGAAAACAUUGUUCGAUUUGCUAUUGGGGUGGGGAAUGCCUUUAACAAACCUGCAGCAAAGGAAGAACUGGACACCAUUGCAUCGUCUCCCUCAGACAAACACGUGUUUCGAGUGGAGAACUUCAACGCACUUGAAAUAAUAAGACAGAAUCUGCAGGACAAAAUUUUCUCAAUUGAAGGAUCUAAAAACAGUGGAGAUUCACUGAAAAUGGAAAUGUCUCAAGAGGGAUUCAGUGCAGCUUUUGUGCCUGAGGGAAUUCAGAUGUCUAAUGUUGGUGCAAACCAGUGGAAGGGAGGCUACAUGCAGUACACAACAGAGGGCCAGAAGGUGAAAACAUAUGAGGAUGUGUCUUUGGAGCCUGACAGUUAUCUUGGUUACUCCAUGGCAAUUGCUAAAACCCAAAGUGGCUCUCUGACAAUUGUUGGUGCUCCAAGAUAUAAACACAGAGGAGUUGUGAUCGCUGUUGACAGAGAAAGCUUGAAAAACCAAAAGAUUGAACCCUUUUCAUCCCAAUAUCAGACUGGUGAAUAUUUUGGGGCAGAGGUGUGUGCCAUGGAUAUAAAUAAUGAUGACAUCACUGAUCUAAUCUUCAUAUCUGCCCCAAUGCACACGGAACCUAAUGGAGAGGGAAGAGUUUAUGUUUGCAGACUAACUGGUUUGUUUGUCGAGUGUAAUUUUGAUGAUCCGUUAAUACUCAGAGGACAUGCAGCUGUCAAAGGAAGGUUCGGCUCUUCUCUUGCUGUGCUGCCUGAUCUAAACUCAGAUGGAUUCAGGGAUUUGGCAGUUGGAGCACCUUUGGAGAAUGAUGGUGAAGGCAGCAUCUACAUAUUCAACAGUGAAGGAAGAAGAAUCAGCCACACUUACUCACAAAGAAUUACUGGCUCUGAGGUUCAGUCGGGACUGAAGUUCUUUGGCCUAUCAAUCAGUCAGUCAUCUUUUGACCAGAGUGGUGAUAAACUGCCCGACUUAGCGGUGGGGUCAAAGGGUGGGGUUGUCUUAUUGAGAUCAAGGCCCAUAGUAAUGGUGAAAGCUGAGGUGUCAUUCAGCCCAAACCAAAUUCCUACUCAGAAUGUAGACUGUUCAAAACCACUGGAAAACACAGCUACAAUCUGCUUUACCAUGAGCAGAGUGUCUACAGUCAACACAGCUCAAGCAAGGAUUAAUUAUACUUUAACACUGGAUGCCACUCGCAAACCUCCAAAAAACCGAGCUUACAUCAGUGGGAAACAACGAGAGCAGUCUGGAUCAGUAACUGUUGACUUAACUAGCAAACAGUGUUCAACUGUAAAAUUCCUUAUUGAGGCCUGUCCCGAAGAUGCUCUCAGUGCACUUUCCAAUGAGCUACAAUUCAUGUUUGAUGGUUUGCCCUCAAACAAUCUUAGACCAAGUCUUGCUGAGCAGGCUCAAACAACAACCAUUUAUCCCUUAGGGUUUGAGAUCAACUGUGGCACCGACAACAAAUGUGUUGAUAAACUAAAAGUGGAUUUCAACUUCACCAGAUCCUCAGAGGUUAAAGUGGGCAUUGAUGAGCUUUUGGAAGUCACAGUCACAGUGGAGAAUAGCGGGGAAAACUCAUACAACAGUCGUGUUAUUCUCACGUACCCAGCUGGACUCUCCUACAGGAAGUUCACCAUUCAGCAGGGAAGAAUUGAGUGCAGCUCAUUAGACAGUGAAGAUGGUUUAUCACGAGGAAGCACAGACUGCACUAUUGACAAGCCAAUUUUCAAGAGCAAAGCUCAGGCUUCCUUCAUUGUCUCCUAUGAUAUUGAAACCAACAGUCAACUUGAGAGAAAGAUUUUUGUCACUGCAAAUGCCACGAGUGGAAAUCAGGAGAAUAUCACUAUAAGUGAAAUCUACAAAAAGAAAUGGAUUGAUGUGAAGUACAGCAUUUUUAUGACAUUUGAAAACUCCCUCAGCUACAACAAUUUCACUUUUGGGAUGAAUAAUUUGCAGAAACCAUUCAAACAAUCUAUCCAGGUAACAAAUGAUAUCAGAGCGCUUAAUUUCACUGUGGUGAUCAGGGUUCCAGUGAAGCUUGGUGAAAAAGACAUUUGGGUGGAUUUGAGCAGUCUGCAGAUUGCAGACUGUCAGAGAGGAAAUGAUGAAGAACCAGGUGUCAGAGAUUUUCUUCCAAAGAUACAAGAGGAUAAAGUUGUGGACUGCUCUGUAGCCAGGUGCGGAGUGUUCAAGUGCAACACAUUCAUGGGAAUACAGGAGAGCAGGAUGUACAAAAUAUCUGCCAACCUCAGUUCAGCAUGGAUAGAGCAGAUUGGACUUCAAUCUGCCAAAUUCCUCUUGACCAGCACAGCCAGUCUGGAGUACGACAAAAACCAGUACAUCUACUUUUCAACAGGGUCCAACAACAAUCCUCCAGUUCGCAAGAUUGAGGCAGAGGUAGAAGUGUAUUCUGAGCCAGAGUUCACCAAAGAGAUCAUUGGAGGAUACCUGGGAGGGUUGGCUUUACUGGCUUUACUCACUGCUGGCCUGUAUAAGGCUGGAUUUUUCAAGAGUAAAUACAGUGAAAUGUUACAAGAAAAUGCAGAAGGUGGUCCAAGUCCAGAGAGUGAUGCAUUUGCACCCCCAGCAGAACAACAAUGAUCACAUUUGUAGACGUGUAAUUAAUGUGUGUGAAAGAUAUAGACCAUCCUGAUAUCUUUAGGAAUGAACAUGGCACAUUGAAAUGUCAAUGCUACCACAUUUGAUUCAUUAAACAAAAAACAACUUGCUGUGUCGUGAAUCACUCCCUCAUUCACGAUUGACUGUUAUCUACAACCAGAGCCGGUCUCAGCCUUGAAGUGGCCCUAAGCAAAAUUUGAAUUGGGGCCCCCUUCGUACCACUUCAUUGUCCCCUGAACCUAACCAUUACAGUAAUCCCUCGCUACUUUGCGGUUCAUUUUUCGCGGACUCG